CGGAUCCACACUUUCAAAACCCCAAAUUAGGGUUUCUCUCCCCUCCUUCCUCACACUCACACGCACAAAAAAAAAAAGGGGAAAAAGGAAAACACUCUUUGUAAACUCGAAGUGAAGGCACCAUGCCGCAAGGAGAUUACAUAGAGCUGCACAGGAAGAGGCAUGGAUACCGCCUCGAUCAUUUCGAGCGUAAGCGCAAGAAGGAGGCGCGUGAAGUCCACAAACACUCUGAGAGAGCCCAGAAGGCUUUGGGUAUUAAGGGAAAGAUGAUCGCCAAGAAAAAUUAUGCUGAGAAGGCUCUCAUGAAGAAAACAUUGGCUAUGCAUGAGGAGUCAACAUCUAGGCGCAAGGUGGAUGAUGAUGUUCACGAUGGAGCUGUUCCUGCCUAUCUGUUGGAUCGUGAAAACACUACACGAGCAAAGAUUCUUAGCAACAGUAUAAAGCAAAAGAGGAAAGAGAAGGCUGGAAAAUGGGAGGUCCCUCUACCUAAGGUGAGGCCUGUUGCAGAGGAUGAGAUGUUUAAAGUUAUUAGAUCUGGCAAACGGAAGACCAAGCAGUGGAAGAGAAUGGUUACUAAGGCCACAUUUGUAGGACCAGGUUUUACAAGAAAACCUCCCAAGUAUGAGCGUUUUAUUCGUCCUACAGGGUUGCGAUUCACCAAGGCUCAUGUGACACACCCUGAGCUCAAGUGCACCUUCAACCUUGAGAUCAUUGGAGUAAAGAAAAACCCUAAUGGCCCUACAUACACAUCUCUCGGUGUGAUUACUAAGGGAACUAUCAUUGAGGUGAAUGUCAGUGAAUUAGGUCUUGUCACACCAGCUGGUAAAGUUGUUUGGGGGAAAUAUGCUCAAGUAACAAAUAACCCAGAGAAUGACGGAUGUAUAAAUGCAGUUCUACUUGUUUAGGAGAUCAAUAAUAAAAUAGAAGGAACUGUCUUUGAAGGAAACUUCUAAGCUGUGUUUUCCUGACACCCAAACGCAUUGUUUCAUAUUUUGUGUAGUUGAUCCCCAUUUUGUCCUUUCGUGUUGAUUUAAGCGUUCUUUGUAACAUGGAAUUCAUACCCCCCGUGGUAUUCCAAUUUUGCAUCAGAUUACUGAGUAUUACCCUUCU